GAGUUUUAGAACAAAUAUGGCGUGCGGCUUUUGAGGAGGAGAGUGAACGAGUUUUCUUCCCGAGUUUUCAGCGGUUUUCCUGUUUGUACUCUGAUAAAUCUCGUCUGAAAGUAGUGAAAAACCGCAGCAGAGUAUCUUCGGCAGAAGAUAGUGGCAAAAGUGGGCAGGAAAAGUCUUCGGAAAAAGGAUUGAGCACACACAGAGCACGGAAUUGAAGGGAGAACGGGAAAAGGCAGGCAAUAUGGCGUCGCAAGUGGUUGACAAGAUUCACAUAAACAACUCGACGAGUAUCUCGCUGAACGAUCGCUUCACCAUCAUGAAGAGCACAGUGGAUGCGCGCAGAGUGUCCAGGGCGAGAUCCCGAUCGCGGUCCCGCUCGCGUUCGCGCUCGCGCAACUUCAGCGAGCCGCUUGUGCAGCGAAACACUGCCGCGUCCCUUCAGGGCGGCUCCGCCCGCAACAAGAGCCUCAUCAGUCGUCUGACACAGAAGCACGACGCCCUGGCGGAGAGGACGUUGCGAAUGAGAAAUAUGCGCAACAACGUCCGCCCGAGGCAGCAAUCCGGAGGCAAUCCGGGUCGCAACGGUCAGAAUGCUCUCAGAAGGGCCGCACGAGCCCUCAAUGUGUUGACGGCGGGCAGACGCCUCUCGCGGGCCAAUAGUUUGUCAAAUAUUGCAACUGUGACAGAGCGAUUUAGUAGCGGCAGAAUGAGUCGCACGGCAUCGAUGUCAAAUAUAGCAAGUCGCAUUGGCCAGAGGCGCCGCGGAGCAGCGAAUAUGCGUGGCCAGAGGAAUCUGAAGAGGACCGGAAGCAGGCAGAGCGUCAACAACUUCACCAGGGGCCCGCGCGAGUCCGUGAAUCGUCGCCUGGGCAGGAGCGCGGUACAGAUGGGCCAGCAGAGAGGAGGAGCGGCGCGACGCGGCGACAGAGGCGCUCAGCGGCCGAUGGGACAGCGCAAAGGCGGGCGUCCGGCGCAGCAGCAACAGCAGCAGCAGCCGCGCGGCAGAUCCCGAACUCGGGUGAUGCGCAAUGCUGCCAACGGAGGCGGACCAGGAGCUCGCGGCCGGUCGCAGUCCAGGAAUCGGGCGCAGCCGAACGGCAGGAGCAGGAGCAGGAGCAAUAGACGCAACCGUAGCCGCAGCCGUGGACAGCCCAAUCGGCAGCCGGCGAAGAGCAAGGAGCAGCUGGACAAGGAGCUGGAUCAGUACAUGUCUCACACGAGCGCUGAUCAGAUGGACACAACGUACUGAAAGCGGCGCUUUUUCUCAUUUCUGAAGUCAUCGAUUAUGUUUUUUUGCAUUCUCAAACUCCGCGGAGGAUUUUUCUUUGAACUAUAAGAAUUCUGAGAACAUGAUUUGGAAUAAAAUUACAUUGAAGUUCACACUAAA